AUGACUGUCAUCUCUGCCGGAGUUGUGAGCAAGCAGGGCCGCAUCGUGCUUGCGCGCCAAUUCACCGACAUCAGCCGCGUCCGCAUCGAAGGUCUUCUUUCUGCCUUUCCGCGGCUGCUCGAGUCGUCCAUGAACAAGCAAGUCACGUACAUCGACGCCGGCACGGUGCGCUACGUUUACCAGCCCAUUGAGGAGCUUUUCCUGGUGUUGGUCACAACAACGAAGAGCAACAUCGUCGAGGACCUGGCCACGCUGCAGCUCAUGGGUCGGCUGAUUCCUGAGUACAUACCCGAGGGCAUCACAGAGGCCUCGCUGGAAGCUCACUCGUUUGAGGUGUUCUUCGCCCUCGACGAGGUAGUGGUGUGUGGAAAGCGCGAGAACAGCACAGUGGAGCAGAUUCGCGUGUACCUCGGGAUGGACUCCUACGAGGAACGCAUUGCACUGGAGGAGAAGCAGCGGCAAAUGGCAGAGGCGAAGAAGAUUACGGCUGAGCACGCGCGCAAGAUGCGCGAGCGGCGCAUGUCUGGCGGCGGCCCAUCUGGUGGCGCGUACGGCGGCAUCAGCUCUGACGACCCGAACUACGGCGGCUUCGGCAGCAGCACUAUCGCUGGUGGCAGCAUGAACAUGUACGCCAGUGAUGGUGGCAUGGAGACGACGUACCCGGCGCCUUCAGCGGUGAUGAACUCGCACACGUCCGCCCCCCUUAAGAUGUCUACAGCGCCGCGCAGCGGUAUGUGCCUUAGCAAGGCACGCAAAGCCGACAUCAGCAGCAAGAUCCAGAAGGAGAUGGGCAUUCCGGCAUCUCAGGCGCCAGGCGCUCCUGGUGGGGCGAGUGAGCUGGGGGUGAUGAGGCAUAACGCCAUGGAGCUGCCUGUUGCCGUGGUACCGCAGGAGGCGGUGAACAUCACCAUUGAAGAAAAGAUGAGCGCAGCGCUGCAACGCGAUGGCGAGGCGACGUCAAUAGACAUCAAGGGUGAGCUCACCGUUCUCGUGGCGGACCCGCAGCAGGAUCACAUCAAGCUCAUGUUGGCACCGGUGAGCGAAGCUUUUACGUUCCGUGCGCACGCAAAGGUGAACAAGACGCUGUUUGCCAGUGACCAGGUGCUCACCAUGGCGGAUGGCAAGCCGUUCCCGGUCCAGCAGCCGGUCACCAUUCUACGGUGGCGUCUCUCCGACCCCUCCAUCACUGCCCCGAUCAGCUUCACCUGCUGGCCGGAGUCAAGCAGCAUUACGAUCGAGUACGAGCUGGCUGACCCGAACAUGGCGCCACUGCAGCCGGUGCGUUUGGCCAUCCCCCUCUACGGCGCCAGCCCGCACGAUGUGCAGCCAUCGACGGGCACGUACCAGGUGGUGGACGGUCAGCACGUGAUUUGGACAAUCGACGUCGUGGAUGGUCACCAGAACGCGAACGGCAACAUAGAGAUCACCGUGGACAACGAGCACGGCGUCAACGGUGAGGAGCUCUUCUUCCCGAUCCACGUCGCACUUUCUUCGCAAGUCGUCAUCGCGCACGUUGGUGUAAUGGAGGUGGUGUCAACCCAGACCGGCCAAGCGGUGCACUUCAGCCAACAGUCGCGCUUAGUGAGCGACAGUGUGCUGGUGCAGUAA